CGUCUGUCGGUCGUCGUGUUAGAUGUCACUGUUAUAUUGUAGCCAUCGUUACGUUUUCGUAUCGAGAAAGAAUUACUAUUGUAUUGUCACAAGAGAGAAACGCCAUCGCCGUAAUCCAUCCAUAUAUCCAACGAUCCAGCGAUUCAAUCCAUGUAUCGCCUAAUCCCCAAAAAGAGCUAUAAUUUAAGGCAUACGACUGUUCGCCUGCUCCUCGUCGUUUUGAUCGUCAUCAUCGCUUUUGUUUUUGUCUAGUAUGCCCCUGUUGUCGGUUGUACUGCACACCACACUUCACUUCUGGCACUCACUCACUCACACAUGUAAAGAUGAUGCUGAUGCUCUGCUGCCGCCUUCGUUAUUGCCCUUGUCGUUGUGCACUGCCCCUGUAGUGGUUAAAUAACGCCAGCUCUAUUUUGAACGAAGAACAAGCGAAGGCAGCCUUUUAAUUCGCAUUAGCGUGUGAGUGUGUUGCAUCGCCCCCAAAUCGGCGUAUGUGUGAUGAGCAUUUGUCGAUGCUGAGCACAGUUUAUGACGAGCGGUGUUCAAAAUAUCAACUAACGUAAAUACGAUCGCGCGCUAACGAUCUUCCGUAUAUUUCAAAAAAUACCAAAAAUUCAAAAAAAGAAAAAAAAACUUGCAACAACAACAUUGUAAAUAAAAGAAGAAUUAAAAACAACAACACAAAAAAACAAAACACAACAACAAAGCUUAAAAAAAACAAAAAUCAAUUGUAAUUGAAACACAAAAACCUAACUUGCUCGAAAGUCGGGUUAUAUUUUGGGGGUUUUCUCCAUUUGUUCGUUUACGUUUUGUUAUACUUUGAAAAACAGAAAAAAACGUUUUUAAAUGAAAAUCGAUUAAAAAGAAGUUUUAACCCCCCCAAAAACAAAACAAACCGAACCAAAAUCGCUAGGCCAUCAACCACAUACGCACAGAAAAAUGGAAGAUUACUGGGGUCUGAGCAAUAUAAAUGACAUAAAUUGCACACAGCCUGCUAUAGAUGAUUUCCCCCGGGAUUUAUUCACAGAAGCCCAAAGACAAUCGGGUGCUGUUGUACUUCAUGUUAUAGCCAGUUUAUAUUUAUUUGUAGCCUUAGCUGUAGUAUGUGAUGAAUAUUUUGUGCCCGCCGUGGAAAAGAUAUGUGCCGCCUUAAACAUGUCGAAUGACGUAGCGGGUGCCACAUUUAUGGCUGCCGCCACAUCAGCUCCAGAACUUUUUGUAAAUGUGAUAGGUACAUUUAUUACCGAGGGUGACAUCGGCGUUGGUACCAUUGUUGGGUCUGCCGUUUUUAAUAUUUUGGCGGUGGCGGCAUGUUGUGGCAUAGGAGCUGGAAUGACGAUACCAUUGGAUUGGUGGCCGCUUACAAGGGAUAGCAUAGCUUAUGGCUUUACUGUGGCUGUUUUGAUUUGUGUCAUGCACGACGAACGUGUGGAAUGGUACGAGGCCCUGAUUUUGGUCUCCUUGUAUGCUGUCUACUUGGCUGUUAUGUAUUUUGAUAAAACCUUUCAAAAGUGUGCCAAAGGAGGUGUUAAACAAGCCCGUUCGCGCAGCCGCUCCUCAAAUUGUAGCAUACAAACUAAGAACAGUAAUGACAAAGAACCAGAAAUCGUGGAGAAUCGUAUUUGCCAUAAUUUGUCCACCAUUCAGUUGAAUGGUGGCGUCAAUAAUGAACCGCCCAAGAUACCGCCAUCAGCUUCACCGCCCAUUGCAACCACUUGCAUCAGCAACACAAUCACCACAACUAUCUCAACGGUGUCUACAAAUAAUUCUGGCAGCUGCACCAAAGCACCACCAGUUGUAAUCCCAGAGAGUUUAGAUGUUGAGGCAACGCCAGCAACGAUUGCAAACGAUACAUCCUCAACGAAUGGCGAAGAGGAAGAAGAGGGAUAUUCGCUGCUUACAUACCCGUGGGGUAAGAGUUGUUUUGCCCAAUUUACCUGGAUAAUAAUAUGGCCCAUACAUUUGCUGUUCCGUAUUGCCAUACCGGAUUGUAAAAAGACCAAAAACAAUAAAAUCUUCCCCUUGACAUUUGUGAUGUGUAUUGUAUGGAUUGGAUCUUUGUCAUAUGUGGUUGCAUGGAUGAUAACCAUAAUUGGCGAUACAUUAAAGAUUCCAGAUUCCGUAAUGGGUAUAACAUUUUUAGCGGCCGGUACUAGCGUGCCCGAAGCUGUUUCUAGUGUCAUUGUAGCCAAAAGAGGUCACGGCUCAAUGGGUAUUUGCAACUCAAUCGGUUCCAAUACUUUUGACAUCCUACUCUGUUUGGGUGUUCCAUGGCUCAUCAAAGCUGUCUUUUUCCCCAUACAACCUGGGCAAAAUUAUGUUGGCAUAAAUUCCGCCGGUCUGGAAUAUUCCGCCAUAACCCUGCUAUCGACUCUCUUUCUCUUGUAUUUGACCUUCUCGUGCAAUAAAUUCAAAUUGGACCGAAAAGUAGGCACUGCUUGCCUGGUGAUAUAUUUGGUAUUUCUGGUGUUUGCCUCCUUGAUCGAAUUGAAUGUCUUCUUCCGGGUUAAUUUGCCCACAUGCGGUAGAUCGUGAAAACUCUGAGGCCGCCCAAAACUGAAAGACUUUCAACAUCACAGUGGAGUUGAAAACCGUAAAUCAAUGUCUAUAUUAAUGUCGUUUCGUUAAACUAAGUUAUCAAAUUUGAAUACAAUCAGAAGAACACAUUUUUGUUUUAAGUCCAAAAUUUCUAUUGUCUGCAAGAAUCCACCAACCAACACAACUGGCAAAUAGCGGCAAACCCGGUAAUAAAUGACGUUUAAAGUCAUUGGUCGAAGAUUGAGCGCACAAGCAUACUUCGCACCCAAUACAAACCGAACAAACAACAAAACUUUUCUUUAAGUGUAUUUUAAGUAUAAUUAUUAUCAUAAUUGUCCCUCCCUAUUUAACUCCUUUUUUCGGUUUUGUUAAAAGUAAUUUAGUCUACACUGUCUAUAUGGUUUAUCUUUGCACUCCAAUACUACCAUCACCAUGCAUUGCAACUUCAUUCAACUUCUAAGCAACUUCAUUCAUCACUCAUUCAAUGCGAAAGAAGAAGAAAAGCCCUUACUUGUCCUUCAUAGGCAGCUUUGCAUUCUAUAUUUU